AUGUCGGACCAGGUAGCCGCUUCCCUCCUCCUCCCGGUCCUCCUUUCCCCGCCGAGGCCUCUCCAGGAUCCCCGGGGAAAGGGGAAGGAAAAGCCCCGGGGAUAAUAAAGCGCAAGGCCGGCAGGCGGAGGCGGCUUUCCUGGCUAAGAAGGCGCCUCCUCCCCGCCCCAUAGACGCCCCUCGAAGGCUUUAGACCCCCGGGUUGUGGGGUGGGGGGGGCGGUGUUUUCCUCUCUUUUCUCUCUCCCCACCCCACACUUUGGGGAUAUCCUGCGUGGGAUAAAGCGAGAGAGGGGAUCUGGGGAGGGUUGGAGGUGUGGGUCUGGCCGUGGGGCCUUUUGACCCCAAAAAGGGGUGCUGAUGUUUGUCGGGGUCCCUCUCCUCUUCUUGAUUCAUUUCGGACCCCCCACACUUUGGGGUCCCUACGUGGGAUAAAGCGAGAGAGGGGAUUUGGGGAGGGGAGGGUUGGAUCUGUGGGGCCUUUUGAUCCAAAAAAGGGGGCUGGGGUUUGUCGGGGUCCCUGUCUUCUCCUUGUUUCAUUUCGGACCUCCUCAUAGCAUUUCAAUGGGGGGUGGGGGUGGGGGUGGGAAAGCGAGCCAAGAAACAAAAGCAACGUUGGGUCAACUUAGGAUGGGAGGGAGGGACCCCCAGGGUCAUCUAGUCCAACCCCCCCCCUGCAAUGCAGGGAUCUCAACUAGAUCCUACAGGGCAGGCGGUGCCCCCCCCCCCAACCUCUGCCCAAAAGAUCCCGUGCGAGGCGAGUGCGCCAACCUGUGGGUCGGCUCGGGGCGUUAGAGCAUGAGACCCUGAAUUUUCAGGGUGGUGAGUGGGUUCCCAGCCCCACGUCGGGCAAAAGGUUCCUGCGUCGCAGGGGGUUGGACUAGAGGACCCUCAGGGUCCCUUCCAAUUGCACGAUUCUGCCUCUAGUGGGAGUCCACUGGCCAACAGCUGUUAACUGUCAAGAGAGUUCUUCCUGAUGUUUUGAGUCAGAAUCUGUUUUCUUGUCACUUUAAGCCAUUGGUUUAGAUCAGGCAUAGGCAAACUCGGCCCUCCAGAUGUUUGGGGACUACAGUCCCCAUCAUCCCUGACCACUGGUCCUGUUAGCUAGGGAUGAUGGGAGUUGUUGUCCCAAAACAUCUGGAGGGCUGAGUUUGCCUAUGCCUGGUUUAGAUCCUAGCCUCUGGCGUCCAUAUUUUGUAUGUGUGCCUUCCCUGGAAAGACCUUGCAAAAAUGAGGUCCCCUGUUUUGCUUUGUGUGAAAUGUCCUUGAGUAGGAGAUCAUUUCUUGCCAUGGUGAAUGUUUGGCUGCAGUGUUGGGUGUAUGUUUGGGGGUUUGUGUGUGUAUGGGAGAAAAUCUAUUUGAUGCCGUGAUCGAAUAAGAAUUGUGAAAUGGUUUGGUUGCAGCUGUUAAUUUAAAAAAAAAAAAAGGUUCAGCUAGCUAUUUUUCAGCUGGUACAGAAUAUUUAUCCUAUUGGCCCAAUUCGAAUGUAAACUGGGGUUAAGGGUAUGAGUGUUCCACUACCAGCAUAACUGUCAGGAGGAGACUGGUUGCGUCCUUUUAAAUUAAUACUAAACUGCAGUUAAUUUAAAAGGUUAUGUCAAAACCCUAAAUUGUGGUUAAUGUAAACUAAAGCCUUUUGGAGCAAGCCAGCAACAUAAACCACAGUUUGAAGUUGAAGGCUAACCGCAGUUUUUCCUAGGUUCAGACAUAACACUUUCUACUUCCCUGGGGUCACGCUGGAGGGAAGCAUAGAAGCCCGAAGCUAAACUUAGGUGUUGCAUCCAAACAUAGUCAUUUUUUAAAACAUGAAUAUAUCUUUUCGGAGCUUUUCCUGUUAUGGCGCAUAAAUACUUGGUGUGAAAACUUAAUCCAUUAUGAAUUUGUUAGUCUUGAAGAUGCUAUAAGACUUUGUUUUAGUGGCACUAGUUUCCCCAAAUACAGUAUCUCUCCUUUCACUCCAAACAUUAAUAAUUAUUUCCCUCAUUCCAUACUUACCCUUUGUUUACUUUCCAUAAUGCUGUGCUUCAACCGUUCAUCAAUUUCUAUUCUAAAUUGCAAAAAAAAAAAAAACCCUCUGAAAAACUACUGGUAGCUCCUCCGUCUAUUGAUAUUACAUUUAUAGGUUAUAAUUAACUUUGUUUUACUACUGUGGCUGUUUUACUUAAUGUCGUUAAUGAACUGUAGUGUUAAACAGAACACCCUUUCAAGAACUUAAACACUGCAUUAACUUCGGUUAUGAAUAUGAUGUUAAUGAAAUGGAAACAAUAGGGAAACAAUCAGCAGCAGUGCUACAUUACUGUUUUUCGUAGCAGUAGCAUAAACAGAUUUGACGUGAGCUGUGGCUCAAAACACAUAAAUCUGCAAGUACCUAUUUGUGUUUGUCUUCAGUAUCAAGUCAUUUCUCAUAGAUGUAUGUUAUGGUGAGCUAAGGGUUUAUAUCUGGGCUCAGGUAUGCAGGUGUUAAAUCACGAUUGUAUUUUAAUUCAUUUCCAGUUGUUCAAAACUCUACCUUCUCCAUUUACAUGUUUGGCAACAGUAGUUAGCUGAUUUCUUAUCCUUUUAAACAGGCCCUCUUUAUUGCUCCCAAUUCCUCUGGUCUUGCAUUUACCGUAUUUUUUGCUCUAUAAGACUCACUUUUUCCCUCCUAAAAAGUAAGGGGAAAUGUGUGUGCGUCUUAUGGAGCGAAUGCAGGCUGCACAGCUAUCCCAGAAGCCAGAACAGCAAGAGGGAUUGCUGCUUUCACUGCGCAGUGAUCCCUCUUGCUGUUCUGGCUUCUGAGAUUCAGAAUAUUUUUUUUCUUGUUUUCCUCCUCCAAAAACUAGGUGCGUCUUGUGGUCUGAUGCGUCUUAUAGAGCGAAAAAUACGGCACUUCACAUUUUCAGGUUCUCAGAGGCUAGAAGCAUUACCUUAUAAAUGUUUCUGUUCAUCAGCAAUACAAACUAUGGUCAUGCUCUGCUGUGGAAGAAGUAUAUUCACUGUUACUGCCAAUUUCUUUUAGUACAGUCAUACCUCGGGUUAUAGCCGCUUCAGGUUGCGUUUUUUCGGGUUGCGGGCCGCCAAAACCCGGAAGUACCGGAAUGGGUUACUUCCAGGUUUUGGCAGUUGCGCAUGUGCAGAAGCGCUAAAUUGUGCUUUGCGCAUGCACAGAAGCACCAAAUCGAAACCCACACAUGAGCAGAUGCGGGUUGCGAACGCUGCGGGUUGCGAACAUGCAUCCCACACGGAUCACGUUCACAACCUGAGCAUCCACUGUAUUCGCUUCUGGUUGGCAAACCGUCUGUUGUGGGGUGAACUAAUCAGGCAGUUAACACAUUCCCCCGCCUUCAAGCUAUGAAAAAGAUAAAUUGAAGGUUUAAGCAAGAUUCUUGCUCAGCAAGAAGUACUAAGGUGUGAAGUGCUGUCCUUUCUGCAGAUCUUUUCCGUACUUGCAAAGCCUUUUAAAAGAUGUGAGCCUUGCAAGAGAACUUGCUUUGCUUAUUUAAAAAAAUGAUAGCUUACCCUCCAGGAAAGUGCUCUUGGGGUGGCUCCCCACUCCAGUUAAAACAGUAAUGUAAUUAAAGCAACAGAGGUGAAAGUACUAAGACUGGAAGAGAAUGAAACUACAUAGAUUCAAUUGCUUUAAAAAAGGCUUGGGGAAAUAGUCUUUGCCGGGAGGGAGUUUCCCUGGGGAGAUCAUUCCAGAGAUGGGGAGCUACCCAGAAAAGGCGUACCAACCCCCCAAGUUGCCACCUUGGAGAACUCAAAAUAAUUAUUUGGGGGAGUCUAGCUCUCCUGAAAUUCUAAAUUCUUGUUUUUCCAGAUCAAGAAUAAAAACACUAAGAAGGCGGCAAUUGCUCCCAUCAUCGUGCUCUGUAGCUCAUUAUAAAGCAGAGCUGUUGGUGCUUUUUGCUUGUGCGUGGACUUGAAAACUUUCCACACCAGUCCCAAUAUAUUAUAGUGAUUUUCAAAGUGUGAAAGCUUAUAGCGAAGCAGGGUUACUCAGUGAGAAGAUCAGUUCUUUGCGAGCAGGUUUCUCUGAAAGGCAAGCCUGACCACCAUUGCUUUGCCUGCGACGUGUUAUUAUAGGAAAAUACUGGCUAUGUACUAGGUUGUGCGCUAAUUUCACAUGGGACAUGGCUGAGCUUUUUUAUUGCCCCACAUAUAUUGACUGUGUGCCCUAGAUCCCUAGAGUCUUUGCAGUAUUCUGUCUGAUUAAUUCAAUAGGUAUAGGUUCCUAUUGUGGCACGAAUUCAUCAUAAAUUUGCAAAAAGCUAUCAUAGAAUUGACCAGUGGAAAUAGUUUGUAUUGUAGUUUAUCACUUCGGGUUUUUUUUUUUGUUUCCUUUUCCUCUGCAGGAAGCCAAACCUUCAGCAGAGGACUUGGGAGAUAAGAAAGAGGGAGAAUACAUUAAACUCAAAGUCAUCGGGCAGGUGAGCUCUUAAAUAGUCUAUUUAAUGUGCACAUUUCAUUGUUCCACUGGUAUAAGUUUAAACACUGGGUGGACUGGGGUGUAGUGGUUAAGAGCGAUGGGAACUGGGUUUGCGUCUCCGCUCCUCCACAUGCAGCUGCUGGGUGACCUUGGGCCAGUCACACUUCUCUGAAGUCUCUCAGCCCCACUCACCUUACAGAGUGUUUGUUGCAGGGAAGGAAGGGAAAGGAGAAUGUUAGCCGCUUUGAGACUCCUUCGGGUAGUGAUAAAGCAGGAUAUCAAAUCCAAACUCUUCUUCUUCAUCAAACGUAUACACAUGCAGAAGGUCUUAGGUUCAGUUCCUCUCAUCUCUGCUUAAAAUGAUGUUGGACAGCUUGACUAAAAACAACCUCUGCCUGAGACGUUGCAUAGCUACUGCCACUCUGAGUAGAUAAGUGGACUCUUUAGAUGGUUUGACUUGUUACAAGGCUGAUGAAUGUGUUGACAUGCAAAGGCUGAUGAUUUUGCUAUGGGUUGUGGUUUUGUUUACGCUAGCCAAAGCUGGUGAAUAAAGGACACAUUUCAAUAAAGGCACAAGUCCAGAAUUUAAGAUGAUAAUGAUGAUGAUGAUGAUGAUGAUGAUGAUGAUGAUGAUGAUAAUAAUAAUAAUUUAUACCCCACCCAUCUGGCUAGGUUUCCCCAGCCACUCUGGGCGGCUUCCAACAAAGUAUUCAAAUACAGUAGUCUGUUAAACAUUAAAAGCUUCCCUAAACAGGGCUGCCUUCAGAUGUCUUCUAAAAGGCUGGUAGUUGUUCUUCUCUUUGACAUCUGGUGGGAGGGCGUUCCACAGGGUGGGUGCCACUACCGAAAAGGCCCUCUGCCUGGUUCCCUGUAACUUGGCUUUUCGCAGUGAGGGAACCGCCAGAAGGCCCUUGGCGCUGGACCUCACUAUCUAGGCAGAACGAUGGGGGUGGAGAUGUUCCUUCAGGUAUACUGGACUGAGGCCAUUUAGGGCUUUAAAGGUCAGCACCAACACUUUGAAUUGUGCUCGGAAAUGUACUGGGAGCCAAUGUAGGUCUUUCAAGACCGGUGUUAUGUGGUCUUGGUGGCCGCUCCCAGUCACCAGUCUAGCUGCCGCAUUCUGGAUUAGUUGUAGUUUACCUUCAAAGGUAGCCCCACGUAGAGUGCAUUGCAGUAGUCCAAGCGGGAGAUAACUAGAGCAUUCACCACUCUGGCGAGACAGUCAGCUGGCAGAUAGGGUCUCAGCCUGUGUACCAGAUGGAGCUGGUAAACAGCCACCCUGGACACAGAAUUGAUCUGCGGCUCGAUGGACAGAUGUGAGUCCAAAAUGACUCCCAGGCUGCGCACUUGGUCCUUCAGGGGCACAGUUACCCCAUUCAGGACUAGGGAGUCCUCCACACCCACCUGCCCCGUCCCCCCAAAACAGUACUUCUGUCUUGUCAGGAUUCAACCUCAAUCUGUUAGCCGCCAUCCAUCCUCCAACCGCCUCCAGACGCUCACAAAGGACCUUCACCGCCUUUACUGGUUCUGAUUUGAAAGAGAGGUAGAGCUGGGUAUCAUCUGCAUAUUGAUGAACACCCAACCCAAACCCCCCUCUCCCAGUGGCUGCAUGUAGAUGUUAAAAAGCAUGGGGGACAGGACAGAACCCUGAGGCACCCCACAAGUGAGAGCUCAGGGGUCUGAACACUCAUCCCCCAACACCACUUUCUGAACACUACCCAGGAGGAAGGAGCGGAACCACUGUAUAACAGUGCCCCCAGCUCCCAGCCCCUCAAGACGGUCCAGAAGGAUGUUAUGGUUGAUGGUAUCAAAAGCCCCUGAGAGAUCCAGCAGAACUAGGAAGCAGCUCUCACCUUUGUCCCUAGCCCACCGGAGAUCAUCAACCAGUGCGACCAAGGCAGUUUCAGUCCCAUGAUGAGGCCUGAAUCCCGACUGGAAGGGAUCCAAAUGGUCCGCUUCUUCCAGGUGUGCCUGGAGUUGUUCAGCAACCACUCGCUCAAUCACCUUGCCCACCUUGCCCAUAUUCAGCAAAGCAAAAAUACAGUGGUGCCCCGCAAGACGAAUGCCUCGCAAGACGAAAAACUCGCUAGACGAGUCGUUCCGCAAGACGAAUUUCCCUAUGGGCUUGCUUCGCAAGACGAAACGUCUUGCGAGUUCUUGCGAGUUUGUUUCCUUUUUCUUAAAGCCGCUAAGCCGCUAUAAGCCGCUAAGCCGCUAAUAGCCGUGCUUCGCAAGACGAAAAAAUCGCAAGACGAAGAGACUCGCGGAACGGAUUAAUUUCGUCUUGCGAGGCACCACUGUAACCCCAUCUAUUUUAAAACAGAACAAAACGAAACUUCAGAUCAUUCAUAGAAUCAUAGAAUCAUAGAGUUGGAAGAGACCACAAGGGCCAUCGAGUCCAACCCCCUGCCAAGCAGGAAACAUUCAUUAGCUACUGGUAAUAUACAUAUUGAAGGAACAAGCAGUCAAACAAAUGUAAGAUGAACUUUUGAGCAUUAUCUUCCAUUAUAAACUGUUGGAGAAACCAAUUGCCUUUUUAAUAAGAUGUGGGAAAGCUAAUAGAUUUUGUAUUCUGUUUGCAGGACAGCAGCGAAAUACACUUCAAGGUGAAAAUGACAACGCAUCUAAAAAAACUUAAAGAAUCGUACUGUCAGAGACAGGUUUGUGAAAUUUGGGGGCUCUUUAUUUUCCUUCUUAAAAUACACUUCUCUUCCUGUGAAAGUGGAAUUGAGAACAUGAAGAGGAAUAUUGUGUUGUGUUAACGUGUAAUUUUGUGGUGAUGACACCUGUGUUAGCUUUUAGGGUCUCUGUGGUGCAAUGGGCCUUUGGCUGUUAACCAGAAGGACGGGGGUUUGAUCCCACCCAGGGAUGGCUGUGGGCAGGAUUUUUGCAUUGUAAUAAUAAUAAUUAUUUAUUUAUACCCCGUCCUCCCCAGCCAAGACCGGGCUCAGGGCGGCUAACAACCAAUAUAAAAACAAGUUGAUUGAAGUAUGGGAAACAGCCCUACUAGAAAAAUUAACUAAUAAACUGAAACUGACAUGGGGACAAACAGAAGAAGACGCCUUCACCCCGGUAUGGCUCCCCUUUAUCACAUACACAGCCCAACAGGACAAUGACAAUAAUCCACCAACAGCAUACAAAUCAAUAUGGCUAACCUGAUCCAAAACACCCACCCAUGGGUUCCAUGAUGGAAGAAAGGUGAUCUAUAAACACAGUAAGAAAGCAAAAUGCUUUCUGGGUGGUGGACGAUAAACAAUUGAAACAAUGAAAGCAACAACAGGAUUAAAAUACAGUGGUACCUCGGGUUACAUACGCUUCAGGUUACAUACACUUCAGGUUACAGACUCCGCUAACCCAGAAAUAGUGCUUCAGGUUAAGAACUUUGCUUCAGGAUAAGAACAGAAAUCGUGCUCUGGUGGCGCGGUGGCAGCAGGAGGCCCCAUUAGCUAAAGUGCUGCUUUAGGUUAAGAACAGUUUCAGGUUAAGAACGGACCUCCGGAACGAAUUAAGUACUUAACCCGAGGUACCACUGUAAGGAUAUAACUCACUGAUGAUCUGCAGAAGAAGAUUCGAUCUGAAUGACCAAGCAGAAGGGCAGGUACAUGGAGAUUAGGUUAUAAGCAAGCCAGUGUGUGUGACUACAAAACAUAUUUGCCCUAUAUAUGGUGCAGAAGCUAAGGUUGGGUUUCUUAACUUACAUAUUCCAUGCUUUUCAGCUCAUGGAGAGAAUUUGUUGGUGCUUUAAUUCUUCCGUUAGACUGAAGAGAGGGAAAAAGAAGAAGCAACAUCUACAUUUUUCGCUUCUUUUUGUGCGUGUCUUACAAGCUGAAAUAAAGUAAUUUCUCCCCCUUUUCCCUUUUCAGGGAGUUCCUAUGAAUUCACUCAGGUUCCUCUUUGAGGGUCAGAGAAUUACUGAUAAUCAUACUCCAAAAGAGGUACGUUUUUCAUAGUGCACACUGCCAAAUGCGCGGCUCAGACCGUUUGGAAGGUUAAAGCAAGGGUAGCUUACUCGCAGCUUUGGGGCUGAAUUAGCCACACACACAACCCAACAAUUUUUCUAUGGGACCCAAGACCUCCACCAGUUUUGGUGGUGGCAAAAAUGAAAGCACCAGGUUUCCGCCCAACUUUAGUGCCCUGAUGGAGAUGCAAAGUCUCCUCUCCCUGGUCAUUGGAGGGAUCAUUUGAUUAGUAGUUAUUCUCCUCAUCAAGGGACGCGGGUGGUGCUGUGAUCUAAACCACAGAGCCUAGGACUUGCCAAUCAGAAGGCCGGCGGUUCGAAUCCCCGCAGCGGGGUGAGCUCCCGUUGUUCGGUCCCUGCUCCUGCCAACCUAGCAGUUCGAAAGCACACCAGUGCAAGUAGAUAAAUAGGUACUGCUCCGGCGGGAAGGUAAACAGCGUUUCCGUGCGCUGCUCUGGUUCGCCAGAAGCGGCUUAGUCAUGCUGGCCACAUGACCCGGAAGCUGUACGCCGGCUCCCUCAGCCAAUAAAGCGAGAUGAGCGCCGCAACCCCAGAGUUGGCCACGACUGGACCUAAUGGUCAGGGGUCCCUUUACCUUUACCUUUAUUCUCCACAUCUGAUUUGUGUGCAAGAGCAUGGAGUGGCUAUGUCUACUUUCGGCCACGCUUGCAGCCCCCAGAGGAUUUGCAAAUGGUGAAUGUAGCACCUCCCCACCAAGUGGAUCAAAAAGAGAGGAAAAAAAUCUGUUUUGAAAUACAAUUUAAAAUAAUUAAGCUGCGGUUAGUUGCUGUUUUUCAAAACAGAACAGUUUAAAGGCGAUCUGAACAUUAAAACUCGGCCGUGUUAAAGCAAAGCUUGGCUUGCAUUUCAUUGUUUCUGAACUUGGACUUACGACUUGGUAUCAAAUGCAUUCAGGUUCUCUUCUGUAAAGCAUGUGUGAUAGGUAAAAGAUCUGAGCAUUAUUGUCAUUGCACAGAAUGGGGUGAUACAGUUAUCGUAAGGCACUAGAAUUUAGCCCCUUUACAAGGAGAUGCCAUCCUUAUGCUUCCAGCUGAUGCCCUCUGAGAACUUGAUCUUUCAGAUUGUGCUCGGUUUUCAAAUUAGGAAUAUUAAUGACAACCAGUUGAAUCACAUUUUCGGGAAGGGGGCGGAACGCAUUGACAUUUGCUUCUAGAAACUUCCAGGCAGUUCUGCCAGUUUUUUAUAAUUGUCUUUCUCACUGUUUUUAUACGUGUACAGAGACAAAUGGAAAUCUAUAUUUUGAAAUGAGAGCAACUUGUAGUGGGUGUGUAGUUAGAAGUAACAGCGCAAGUCUACCCUCCUAGGUGGUAUAAAACAGUAUGUAGUUGUAAAUACACAUUUUUUAUUGUUAGAUAGAACAGUGACUGUGCAACUUUUUUAAAAAAGGAAAUAUCAAGAGUACAAAUGGGGAAAUCAAUGAUUUCAACCAGUCUUUCUGUUUUGAAUCUGACUAAAGUCAGUAAUUUUACGUAACUAGGGGUUGCUUGUUUGCAAACUUCUCUUGUUUACAGUCAUGUCUUAACAACCACAAGAAAAAUAACAGUGGUUCUGAAUGCAGAAUAUCUAUUUAAAAAAUAAUAAUAAUUGUUUCCUAUUUUACAGCUUGGGAUGGAAGAAGAAGAUGUGAUUGAAGUUUAUCAGGAACAGACAGGAGGCCAUUCAACAAUUUAG